UUCAUAUAUGACAGCGGGCGCAUUCUGCACCUGCAUGGCCCAUGUCAGGCAGUCUAGCAAGGAUUAUUUCUGUCACAUUACAUUUCUUGAAUCUCGGGACAUUAUAAUUCUAUGGCCUCGCUACUGCCCACCAUUCCAAGGGUGAUCUUCACCGUUCUGGAGCCGAUCUCACUUGUAGCAGGUUUCCUAGCUCCCCUUGUGUCCUCAGAAUACUUCAUUGCCAGCCAACUCGUCCGCCCGUACAGUGGUACUUUCGAUGAAACAUCAAAAUUACUCUCAUGGCAACUUGGCAAUUGCUACCUCCUACUUGGCCUGUUGGGCGUCUUCAUUCUCAACACUACGACGGAACUUAAGACAGUAAAGGCAUACAUAUGGGCUUUGUGGCUUGGCGACAUCGGUCACGUUGGUUUCAGCGUGUACGCGAUGGGAUUGCGUGAUACCAUGGCGGUUGGCAGCUGGAGUGCUACAGUCUGGGGAAACAUUGGUGCUACAGUUUUUCUGUUUCUCGCCAGAUCACUGUACCUUCUUGGUGUCUUCGAUCGCAAACCAAGUCGAGGAUCUGGGAGGGAGCAUAGAUCCCGAAAGAUAAAAGCAAAGGCCCGCUAGCUAGCGUUGUGAUCACAUUAUACUUAUUUAUAUUCCGAGGUUUGCUAUCAGUAUCUCGAUUGUUUGUGUUUAACCAAUCGAUCAGAUGCUGCAACAAGCCGAAAAAAAGAAACUCGCAGCUCGCUAGAUGUCGAAAGAGCGUGGUAGUCGUUGAGCAAUGAUCUUUCCAGAAUAGAAUCGCGGUCUUCGAGUAUUGGAGUGUCCACUCGCCGUGGAAGAUGCCGAAUUUUUGCAAGAUCUUUUCAACAGCGUUGAAUGUAUCGAGGUUGUGGAAGAGCAUCCAUUGUACGAUGGUCGUGCUUGCGUCUGUUGCUAUUAGUAAGCCUAAACUCAUCCAAAGAAUAGAGCCUACCGUUUCGUUGGACGUCUAUCCAACUGAGCCGGUGAGAAGUGUUUGUAGACGGGAUAGCACGUCGGCAUCUUGCUCAUGAAAUCUGACGUCCACGCCGUAAAUGGUAACAUGGUCGAAGAGAGCGAUGCUUGAAGCGAUAGCUGACGUUCGUACAAUUUAGCGUGAUGAUAAUCGGCAACCGGCGACUUUUUGGGGCCUUUCAUCCAGUACGCACCAUCCUCCCGAUGGGCCUUUAAGUUAUAA